CACACUGUUGACUCAGAGACAAUUCCUAGACCCAUGAUUACUGACCAUCUUUGGAAGAAGCCUAUAUCAGGAUCAGCAACAACAACGAUAAUCGUAACAGCAACACCAGCACAAGCAAAAUCAGUCCCGCAAUUCAAUCACAUGAACAUCAAAACUAUACCAACCUUUUUGGUUUUCCUGAACUCAAAAUAUGAGCCUUGUUUGGGGACCAUGAUCCACAAGCAAUGGGUUCUCACCGCAGCCCACUGCUUCUUACCAUUUCUUAAGAUAGACAUUGCUGCUUCAAAAGAAGAGAGUUUCCAAAACAUGACAGGGAACUUAAGACCCAUGCUUACCGUCCAACACCCAAAUUUCACCCGGGUUUCUGCUGAGCAUGACUUCAUGCUCAGCAAGCUGAACCAUCCCCUAAAGCUCAAUGAUCAGGUGAAGCUGGCGGUUCUGCCCAAUACCACAGAUGACAGAAGAGGGGACAAGUGCACUGUCUCUGGCUGGGGCUGGGCAUGGAAGAAUUCCAACACAGCCCCUGAUGUCCACAUAAACCAGACUGUCUUUUGGUUCUCUAAUAAAUAUUGCCAAGAGUCCUCUAUAAGACAAAUUCCUGUGAAAAUCACAGAGAACAUGCUCUGUGCGGGAUCAUCUCUGAAGAGCACACACUCGUGUAAGGAAAUAGCUGCUGCCCCAAUCCUGUGCCAAAAUCAGCUCCAUGGGAUCCUAUCCUGGACAGAAGGGUGCAUUCUGAGAGGUGAUAUUGGCUACUACACCAAGGUUUCCCGCUAUACAGACUGGAUCCUCAAAGUCAUCCAUACCAACUGA